AACAAGACUUGUGCCAAAUCAAUUUGCACGGGUUGAGUGCAGUUUUAUUCUUUACUUUUUGCCAAUAAAUCCUUUUGACGGUGAAAAUUGCAGCAACAAAACUCAGGAUUUCUGCUGUUUCGGGGCAAAACUAAAUCUGAAAAAUUGCUAUCUCUUAAGAAAAAAACUGUACGCGAAAUGAAAACCAAUCGAAAAGAAUGAUGAAUCAGUUAGCGUUGCCAUCCCUUAAAAUAGUACUCGGAAAGAAGGACUGGAUAUGCACAGAUAGAUGUUGUUGCUAUACAUGUUGUCUUACACAGCAAAGAAGCAUUCACGUCUACAUGUACACAACCUCUUUGAUUAAUUGCCAAAUGAAACCCAAUAAAUUCACGCGGUGUUUAAAGCAGUUCCCUAAUUAAAGCAUUCUAUCAGGUUUGUUGCAAUUUUCUUUUAAUGUUUUCAUCAUAAACAUUAAAUCAGACGCUCAGAAAUCAUAGCCCUUGCCAAGAAAAGCAAAAUUUGAUUAAAAGUACUGUUAUGCCACCGAUAUUACAAGAUUGAUCAACAUGGCCUUUGGUCUAAGUGUGUCGUGAAUACCCUUUCUCCUCUUUUAUGUUUCAUAUUAUUCCAUACAAUAGGUAAGGUUUAUUUGUUGACGAUUUGAUUGGGAGGGUAUGAACUCGGUUCUGGAAUGCCAGACCAAUAAAACGAAAAUAAUUGGUUAGACGCUCGGUAUCUAGAAUUGAUUUUGUGUGGGACUGCCAAUGUCAAGAUCCAUAUCGCAGUUAUGAGGUUAUCAAGGCAGACUGAUUGAUAUUUAUGGUCUUGUGACGUACGCGCUGAGUAUACUUACAGGAACUUGUUCCAACGCUGGUUGGAUUAGCCGCAAAAUCUUUGGAUUUACCGGAAAGGGGAACUCUAUAUUCUAUUGAUCCAUAGAGUGGUUACAGUGCCAUACUAAGUGACCUCCAAAAGAAGUAGCCAACCAACAUCUCCAUGUGAUCUCCGCUUACACCAACAUGCCAAUGGAUACACCGCGGAAGACGAGUCAGGAUGACCUUGGGGAUUCUCCGCCAAGGUCACUCCAAGCCCUCAGGAAGACGUUGCGGGAGUCUGUCAGGAGAGCGUUGAAAUGUGUAGCGAAAGCCGAACUGGAGUUUUUAGCCCCGCACAAGGAUUUUUACGAAGAGGUGUCUUAUUGGGUAAAGCCGUUGAAAGAAGUGCUAAAAGGGGCCAAGGUUCCCGAAUUGACUACCACACGAAUGAUUGAGCAAAUUGAGGUCCGGAUCGCUCUUCCAGGGCAGAGAUGGGUGGUGGGUCAGAAAGAGUUAUCAAAAUUAAAACAAUGCGUCCAAAAGAUUCUUGUAGCAGUUCCGGACCAGUUUGAGGAGGCCAUCGCGGAAGUACGCGAGUCGGCGGCCUUCUUGGGAAAAUACUGUUUGUCGUUUUACGACUUGGCACGCGAUCCGCCACUUGAUACAGCGAGUGACUACGCGAAAAAUAGCAUGAUGUGGCGUGAAACAGUUAAAAAACUCAUCGAGCAGAUAAGACUCAUGGCUUAUAAAUUCCAGAGUGAGGUCUUGGUUUUGAAAAGUCAAUUUUUCGGUUCGCAGGCAAAGCACAUUGCGUCACGAUGUGACUGCGAGGAGCUUCCGUUCCUGUUGAUGUUUCCACAGACUUGCGAGAAUCUGCGAGAAGCCUGCGAGAUUCUGACGACGUGGAUUGAUGCUGAUGAAAAUUAUCCUGGUUUCAUCAAGAAUGAUAUCGCUGACUUUGAACAGGAACGAAACAGGUAUGCUAAACUAUCGCGAGAACUGCACGAGAAGUGCUACCACGCCCAGUACAAAAUGAAAAAUAUCGAAGCUGAGCACAUCGCCCAGAAAAAAGAAAUGGCGUUCCUAAGAACUCAAGAGACAAACACUCUCGUCGCAGACGAGUUGUUAAGGCGAGAAAUAAACGAGAAGAGAGUUGACCUCGAGAUAAAAGAAUUUAGGAAAGCAGAACUUAAACGUGACCAGGAUCGCCUAGAACCAGUCGUGUUUCAGGAAAAAAUGAACGAAGUGACGUCAGAGAUAAAAAACCUGAAGGACGAGAUGCCGCUGCUGAAGAGGAAGCUUGACCAGUUGAACAGCAAGUUGAAUCGAACGCAACACCGGAUUGACAAGCUACUCGAGGCGCAUAACGAACUCGAAUCGGCCAAGAAAAGCCUAGCCGAGGCCGAGAAGGAGCGGGAUGAUGUUGAAAGAAUCUUGGAUGGAAUAUUGGACUCGCUCGAGUUGGCGAAGAAGAUCCAUCUGCACAAGACGAGUCCGGACAUGUUGGAGAAGAUGUUCUAUUCCAUACCCAUUGAGAUUAAGACGCCGAGGAGCGGUCAUCACGAACAAGAGAAGAAAGAUAAAAACCAACUCUUGCGAGCCUGCAGCGUGAUCGCCGACGCCAUUGGUAAGGACUGGUGUCGCAUCUACCGGGAGCUGCCCUUCGAACCACCAAGAGGUGAACUCAACAUAGAGUCGGACAUCACUAAUAUCGUGAAGUCUAACCCACGUGAUGGCCAUCGAGAACAAGCACUGCGCAGCUUCUACUGCUGGAGACGUUUCCACAGACGGGCAAGGCUAGAGGACCUCAAGGCUACGCUUCUCAAGAUCAAACGAGCGGACAUCUUGGAAGAGGUCGAGGAGAGGCUAGCGCCACCUGUUGUCGAAGUUGUACGCGAAGCAGUGCCUCCUCCGUUCCUUGCGGAUUAUUUGAUUCCUUAUUUCAAGGAGGUUGAGCGGUACGACCAGUAUGUAGCAGCGCACAAAACGUAACAUGUGCUGCAUCUUCAAGCGUCUACAUAAGUAUAUGCUGGUUGUUGACCAGUGGUCAAUGCUUUGCUGGAUUGUGAACAAGCAGAGAAGAUGGCCACUGGUUCAACUCGCAAGUGAUUAAUGAUUUUUAUCUGGAAUAUCAAUUUACUUGUGCAUGUAUGUUUAUGUGUACAUCAAUCAUGGAAAGAGAAUGCAAAAAUUGCACUGGCCAGAAGUUAGGGGCAUACGUUGCACACAUGCACGGUGACACCAAUCUGAAGCAUCGUUCACAGAUUUUCUGUGGUCAUGAUCCAAGAUCUGAUUGUGGAAUAUGAACGCACUUGUACUGAAGGUUCCUUCCGGGAUCCGUGAAGCAGGACUCAAAGUGACUGCAUUUGCCGUACUCAUCCGUACAUACAUUGAUUUUGGACUAUAAUUCCGCACAGGUAUUGGCCAAAGUCAGACCAUGUAUGCGAGAGUCAAGAUGUAACGGCCUCGCCUUCAGGGUUGUGCUUUAGGCAUGUAUUGCUUCUGAUCAUAUCGAUAGCUUUCAAAAUAAGCUUGCUGGCAAACGCUAUAAAAGAAAAGAAGACGAAAGUUAGGCAUGUGACAAGGAAGGCUCGCUUACUAAUAAACAUACAUUUAUUGAGAA